GCCGGUUCAGGACAUAUACACUUUUACUUUGAAAAUCCAAACGGGAACAGCUUUGUUGUUGCGCGGUGUUUGACUUGACAGAUGGCAGGCGAGAGACGCUCCUCGCUGCUGUCUCUCUCGGUCCGUCGGUCCAUCCCGGUUCCCAUUGUCUCCCCUUUUCACUCCUUGAAGACAAACCCCGAGACGACAAACUAAACUUAGCCCUUAUUCCGCUCACACCGCCCUGUGUACCUCACGUUUGGAGACUUACCUCGACCCGAAAUCUCACCCCGUCCCUCUCCAAACGAAAUGUGGACAUGCUUUUCUGUGUUUUUGUUAUUUUUUAUUUUUCCUGACGUUGUAGAGAUGUGUUCGCUGUAACGGAGCAGGCGGCGAAUUACCGGACUACCGGCUGGAUAAAACGGCGGUUGUGUUGUGGAUCUGACGGGGAGAUGAACCGGAGGAGGAGGACUUGUUAGCCGAAAUCAGCUUCCAGCGGCUGGUGACAUAUCACAACAUCCUUAGCAACAAUUUUCCUCACCAUUGUCUGAGUGGAUAAAGAAACAAAUUCAGAGACACACACAAAAAAAGCAGAGACACUGGAUUACAGGCGCGUUUUGGAGCUAAAACGCUGUUAUUUGUUACGGUGUGAAUGAAAGGAUGUUACUUCCCCUGAGAGGAGAGCAGGAGAGAGGAGAGGAGCUGGUCUGAGAGAGGAGGAGGCAGGGACCACUUUCACUUGUUUUCUCCACCCUGAAACAAAUUAGGCUGUUUCAAUCAGUCACAUUCAAGUGGCGCUUAAUCGGAUUAUUAAACAAAAGAGCGUUUAAUCUGGGGGAAUAUGUCCAUCUAAUCUCACCAUCUCUGCCUGAUUUUACAGUCUUUUAAUGUCGUGUAAGUGGCUACUGUAACCGUGCUAAUUCUGUGACAAGGAUGCCACUAAUCGACGUGAUUGUAGACUUUCUGAUCCAGUAGAUGAUAACUGGACAUUACUGGAGAGUCAAUGUAACCUUUGUCUCAUUGGUCAAGAUAGUUUUAUUUGUGCCCAUUUGGUCAGAAUAAAGUCAGAUUUCUGAUAAUCUAUCAAAAUGCACCUCAUCAUCUGAUUUAUCAGACUACCAAACUGCCUUCAGUUGCAGAGGCUUGUAAAGGGUUUUCCUCCGUGGACACAUCAAGAAGAAUUUGUGGACUUGAAUCAUCCCCAAGGCCCACCUUCCAUCUUUUGAUCCCUGACCCCAUGUGUGUUGGAAAUCCAAGAGACCACGUUUCAGGCUGUUUACCUGUCAGCAACCGAGCCCAUUUGAAUGAAGUAGUAGCUUUUUAUUCCCCUGAGCUCCAGCGAGUACAGGGGCUGCACUCUGUUCGCUGAGGCCGAGCAGCCAGAGCCUCUACCUGGGCUGCCAGCCAGCCAGACGGCCCUCCAGGGGGCUUUUGGAUUUUGAAGGACCAGCUGGAGGAUUUGGGAGUUUUACCCAGAGUUCUUUCCUCCACGUGGAUCGCUGGAGAGACGGAGGAGGACACCAUGGGGUGCUGUAGUGGCAGGUGCACCUUGGCCUUCAUCUGUGGCAUGCAGUUGGUCAGCGUGUUGGAGCGCCAGGUGAUAGAUUUCCUGGGCUACCAGUGGGCUCCCAUCCUGACCAACUUCCUCCACAUCAUUGUCGUCAUCCUGGGGCUGUUUGGCACCAUUCAGUUCAGGCCGAGAUAUGUCACCGGGUACGCUGCCUGGCUGGUCGUGUGGAUGACCUGGAACGUUUUCAUCAUCUGUUUCUACCUGGAGGUUGGAGAUCUGUCCAGAGACUCUGACCUUGUCCUGACGUUCAACCUGUCCAUGCAUCGCUCCUGGUGGAUGGAGAACGGCCCGGGGUGCAGGGUGACACCCAUCACCCCUCCUCCCUCCUGGGCACCUGAGGACCACCGAUAUAUAUCUAUAUCCGGCUGUCUGAUGGAUUUCCAGUUCAUAGAGGUGGCUCACUCCUCGCUGCAGAUACUCCUGGCUUUGAUGGGGUUUAUCUACGCCUGCUAUGUGGUCAAGCUCAUUUCAGAAGAGGAGGAUAGCUUUGAUUUUAUAGGAGGGUUUGACUCGUACGGUUACCAGGGGCCUCAGAAGACCUCCCACCUUCAGCUACAGCCCAUGUACAUGUCAAAGUAAACCCAGGAGCUACUCCAGCAGCGCUGCCUUACCAACCACCACGGCUUAACAUCCUGCUUUUACUACUCCGACUGUCUUUUAAUAAACAACGACCAAGACACAGACAAGUAGACAGGAUACAGAGGACACUUAAGAUAUUUCAACCUACAAAUCCCCCUGGUACUUGGUCAGUUUGCUUCCCUGGUCUGCCUGUCUGCUGUUUUUACUGGAGUCAGAGCUGUUCCUGAUGAAACACUGGCCUCGUGUGGUUGAACACAGCAACUGCAGGACAUGUGAGCAACACUAGUACAGGCAGCUCCGGUAAAAACUGCUUUUCAUUCCUUUUUUUUUUUUGGUCUCUGAGGGACGCAUUCAGGAGCCAAUGACUUGCUUCCUGUUGUGAUGUUGGGCAUCUGCAUUAAGAGGCCUGUCGGAGAUCUACUGACGUGUUUCUUCCGGCUUCCAAGGACGGAGAUCUGCUGUCAGAGAGAUGUUAACAUGUAGCCCUCAAGCUACUGCAGAUAAGUGCAGAUAUGCCUGACCAAAGAAUAAAAUAAAAAAAAGACAUAUUCCUGUACACAUUAGAGCCUGUUAAACCAUCUUUGCAACUUUUUCCUCUUUGUGCCUGACACAUCAGACACUGGACUCCCAACCAAGCAUCUACUAACAAGACUACCGAUAAAGGAAUGUCAGACAUCUUUUUAUUCUCAGAUUACUUUUUGGUGCAUUUGGGUUCUUGUUGCAGCAAACAUGAGAGCUCAAUACAAGUGUCUGGACUCUGGCACGAGUACACGCCACACAUUUUAUUCUGUUGUUUCAUCAGAAACAUUGAAUGUCAAAUAACAGUGUAGAUUUACAUACCUAUCAUUCCAUAUGUGCAUGUGCAUAGGAAACAUUCACAUACACAGGCAUUAAAUGAUGCAUAUGUGAAUUCACACAUGCAUGCACACACAUACACAUAACAGAUGUAUUUACUACUAAUGUGAAUCUUAAUGUUUACAAUAGAAAUUCAGUCCGACAAACAGAUAGACAGGCAGACCGGGAGACUUUCUGCCAUAUUAAUACAGACAGGACAGCUGUUCCAGAUGUGUCUUUUGGUCUCCUGCUGUCUAAAUAUUUUGUCUUCCAUCCAAGACAGAUCAGUAGAGGUAGAUUGAGACAGAACAUGAUGAAGAAAACAACCCCAGGAGAUGGGAUGAGGUCAGGCAACAUUUUCCCUUCCACCUUUGUCCUUUUGUAGCUCUCAGUGCCAGGCUGCUUCCAGUGUCACUCAGCAGGCAGGUGUUUCUUUUUUUCUGGAUUAAAAAAAAAUCUAGAGGCCAGAUCAGCCUAAUCUGCAGCAUCCACCUCUUCCCAAUAACAGAAAUAAUUCAGAAUAUCUCCCGAAUAACACAAAUAUUACAGAAAUGACAAUCACAGUCAGAGUGGCCUGAAUCACAUCAUGGAUUGGCAUUUUUUGUACCAUAAAAAAUGAGACAAAAAGCUGAAAAAUGGCUGCCAUCAUCAUGUGGGAACAGAAAGUUUUUUCUAAGUAAGAUUAUUUGAUUUUGAUUUAUAUAUUUCAUCUCCAAACCACCUUGUGGAUGACAAAGAUUGGCAAAAGAAGGGGAAAUGAAACGACCGAGGCUGGGUCUCCGAUGACACUGCACGCGUUCAACCGUCGGCUGCAGUCUAACGAGGACAAAAAUUGUACCAGAGAGAUGCCGGAGUCAGAGCAGCUCCCUCUCUUCACCUCACCACUCAAAUUUUAAUGUUGAAAGUGCCAACUGUAUCACCACACGGACAACCGCAGAGCCUGAUUUCUGAAAGCCACAGACUGGGACCAAAAAUAAUGAGUCUCAGAUUCACUUUUCUUGGGUUCACGUGUAAGGAAAAAUAGCGAGGAUAUCACAAAUCAGAAAAUUCACAUUUGCAUUCCAAGCGGCCAGCAGGUUUUCUCUUUUAUUCUGCUCAGAAAAAUCUCCUGAAUUCUUCUGGAAAUGUGACUAAACAUUUGUGUUGCAAUCACUGGACCAAAAGCUUGAGGCCUUCUCCGUCAACCAAGGAACAUUUCUGGAUGGAAACACUGACCACUAAGGAUGGACUAUCCCCCUCUACAAAAUACAAAGUCCACCCCCCUCUGCCAGUUAUCUUCAGCAGUUCAUGUUUUGUAACAAAACUCUGUGGGUUACGUUCAGAGUCGCUGCCCCGACAGUCACUCCGGAGGACAGAAUUUUGUGUGUUUGCAUGAGGUGUUUCCAAACUGUUGCGUAUUUAAUCUCAUGCUGCGUGUGACUAACUAGCUACUUAAAAAUGGGAACUGUUUGGUUUGUUGAAUGCUCCUCAACUCUCUUCAAAGAGUCCUAAAUGUGAACUUUGUGAUUUUUUUCUAUUAAUAACAGUCUGAAAUGUCUGCCGAGUAACGGAGAGAAAAUAGCUACUACAAUGUAAAACGAUGAAAUGUAACUUUGAACUUCUAGACGUUUUUUAAUCACAUGUGGCCGUGUUUACUGUUUUUUCUAGUUGACUACUAAUGUAUGAUGUUGUGUACAAGUGGGACUACUAUGUUUUAUUUCUUCUAAUUGUACAGUGUAUUUUGAAAUGGGAGAGUAAGAGGAGAAUAGGAGGAAAGGGAAUUAGUUGCACUAUAGUCUGUAAUUCUUUCAUUAAGCAUUCUGUCAGGGCUGGAAAUUCACUUUCACUUCAGCGCAUAAUUAACUUUACAAUAUUCAUUAAGAGUUGAAUUGUCAACCGACACCUCACGUUGCUUUUUAAUAAAUGAAAUGAGUGCAGACUGCAAGUGUCUUUUUGCAAAAUUCAAAUCAGGAACUAACGCUAUGAAAAAGGGUCACAUAUCCAUUGUUUAGAAGCUUAAUUGAAAAGAUAGUUGGCUGUGUCAUUAGUACAUUUGAACUGAAAGUGAAUUUAUUAAUUUAUUUGUUUUUAAUUGAGUCGAUCCAGUCAAUAUUACCUGACACUGUGGAACCAAUAUCAACCUAAACACCAAUCUGGCAGAUAUUAGAGAGGAUUUCAGAUAUAUAAUGUGACCCAAAUCUGUGUGUGUGUGUGUGUGUGUGUGUGUGUGUGUGUGUGUGUGUGUGUGUGUGUGUGUGUGCGUGUGUGUGUGUGCGUGUGUGUGUGUGUGUGUGUGAGAGAGAGAGAGAGAGAGAGAGAGAGACUUUGUACCACAGAACAUUGUACUUUUCUGUGUCAUGGUGAACAGAACACUUAACCCAGAACCUGCAAAGCCACAACAAUAAUACAAGUGAUUCCGAAGGAAAUUGCAGAAUUCAUCAAAGAUUGUUAAUGAA